AUGGCAGUGAAUUUAGAAAGCUGCGACAGCUUACCUCCUGAUGUUGAACCUAAGUUAAAAUACGACAGACUCGCUAACGAUGUACAAGAUAUUUUAUUGAAAGACGCAGUGAGUUGUAUUUGUGUGCACACCAAGUUUAUUUGUUUGGGAACGCAAUGGGGAGUGAUACAUUUGUUGGACCACGAAGGGAACACGGUGCCUAUGUCGCAGGACGGCAAGAACAAGGAACUACAAGCUCAUGCCAUCGCUGUAAACAGGAUCUCGGUAGACUUGAAUGGGGACUAUAUCGCAAGCUGCUCGGACGAUGGAAAGGUGUUGGUGUACGGCCUGUACACAGACGAGAAUACUCAUGAGCUUUCUUUGGGCAGAGUUGUCAAGUCUAUCGCUUUAGAUCCUUGUUACUUCAAGUCGGGGUCAGGGAGACGUUUUUUAACAGGUGACAACAAGUUAGUGUUAUAUGAGAAGACAUUUCUUAACCGCCUUCGCAGCACUGUACUGUGUGAAUGCGAAGGCUACGUUCAAUCGAUGUCAUGGCACGAUCGCUUCGUGGCCUGGGCCAGUGAGGUGGGCGUACGCGUCUACGACCUUGUCGCACGGUGUUCCCUGGGGCUCAUCCAAUGGGAGAAAAGUCCCAAUAGAUCCAUAGAGGAUUACCGGUGCAAUCUCCUCUGGUCCGCCUCCAAAACCCUCAUGAUUGGCUGGGUGGAUACUAUUAGAAUAUGUGUUAUCCGAAAGCGUAGUCAAAUCGAACUUCAAACGAGAGAUGUGACGGAAUAUUUAGUGGAUCCUAUCUACACUUUUCAGACUGACUACUUUAUUAGUGGUUUAGGACCUUUAGAUGACCAGUUAGUGUUACUGGGAGUGCCCAAGGAAUGUGAUCCAGAAACUGGCAAAGCGCAGCGGCCCGUACUCGUUGUCGCUGACUACAAAGACUGCGAAUUCUGUGAAAUAUCCUCAGAUACCCUCAAUAUUCGUGGUUACGAAGAAUAUUCUUGUAAUGAUUACUAUUUAGAAAUGCUCAUUGAAGAAAAUAGGUUUUUUAUCGUAUCACCCAAAGAUAUUGUGGUUGCUUGUCCAUACGAUAUCGAUGACAGGGUCUACUGGCUCACAGAGCACGGUCGCUUCGAAAAAGCAAUAACUGUUCUUGAAGAAGUCGGUGGAAAGACGAAUAAACACUCAGUGGUGACAGUAGGGGUGCAAUAUUUAGAUCACUUGCUUUCAGAACACCUGUAUCAGGAGGCAGCGAUACUUUGUGCCAGGAUUUGCAAAAAUGACAAAAUGUUAUGGGAAACUCAAAUCAUGAAAUUCCAAGCAAUGCAACAGCUACGAACUAUAUGUCCAUACGUGCCUAAAACUCCAGAACAAGCACUAAACUCACACAUAUACGAAUCAAUAUUAUAUGAGUAUCUAAAAUCUGACCCACAGGCUUUUUUGAAACUAGUUCAGGAAUGGAAUCCUGCGUUGUACAAGAUUGGCGUAGUUAUUAAAGCAGUUUUGGAAUAUUUGUUAACAUCGGCUGACAAUUUACUCGCUGCUCCAGAUGCUGAUUCGAAACAAGCUAACAAUAAUAUUUAUUUAGAGGCAUUAGCACUGCUUUAUUGCCACCAGAAAAAAUAUGACAAAGCACUGUCAGCAUACUUGAAGCUGCAGCAUAAAGACGUAUUUACAUUGAUCACCAAACACAAAAUGUAUAACGUGAUUCAUGACAAAAUACUUGAUUUGAUGACUCUCGACUGUGAUAAAGCUCUAGCGGUACUUCUCGACAAAACAAAAAUACCAGUAGAGGUAGUCGAAGAACAACUUGCCAAUAACGAUGUGUUCCUCUUUAAGUAUUUAGACGCUUACAGCAAAGUAGAGCCUAACGGUAAAUACCAUGGCAAAUUGGUUAGAUUAUACGCAAAGUACGCGAGAGAAAAACUUCUUCCUUUUUUGAAGUGUAGCGAUAAUUAUCCAAUACAGGAAGCGCUGGAUGUUUGCCAAAGUAACGAGUUUUAUCCAGAAAUGGUAUUCCUGCUCGGCCGUAUUGGCAAUACUAGGGAAGCCCUUCAAAUAAUAAUAAAACAACUGAACGACAUAAACCAAGCCAUCAAUUUCUGUCAAGAACACAAUGAUAAAGAGCUCUGGACAGAUCUGAUCAAACGAACUGUCGACAGACCAGAAUACGUAACGUUACUCCUUAAGAGAAUAGGAAACUAUGUGGACCCUCGUAUGUUAAUACAGAACAUACAAUCUGGUUGCGAAAUAAAGGACUUGAAGGAUUCUUUAGCGAAGAUGAUGUGCGAUUAUCACCUUCAGCUCUCGGUGCAGGAAGCAUGCAAAGAGAUCACGUUACGAAACUAUUUCGAUCUGCACGAGAAGUUGAUAAUGAGUCAGCAGCGAGGGAUAUCGGUCACCGAUGACUUCUUGUGUUGUGUGUGCCAAGGCCGGAUUAUUAUUAGAGACUUGUCGAAUGCGUUCGAUCUAAUGGUAUACAACUGCCGGCAUUCUUUUCACAAAAAGUGCAUUCCUGACAGUGACGAGUACCAGAACUGUGCCGUGUGUAGUGCCGUGAAAAUGUGA